CUUGUGUACGAAGAGCGUAUAACCUUCGUCUAAACAAUAAGUAAAUAAAUAGUGGCAAUUUAUAAAAAAAAAAAAUGACACAUAUUAAUUCUCAAAAAUUAAACAUAAUUAUAAAAGAGAAAGAUUGGGUUCAAUUAUUAGAAAAUGUCAAACCAAAACAUUUUGUCAAACAGGAGUCAGAGAUAUUGCCUGAUGCAAGUAUUUUAGCACAGAUAUGUCAGAUACUUGUAACCGAAACCACUCCAGAUGUGAUUAAAAUUUUAUGCUUGAAAUGUCUGGGUAACUCUUGCCUCGACACAUAUAAGUACAAACGACACACGUUGGAAAGUAUAGAAUCUGACGAAUACAACAAAAAUUUAUAUAAUGAAUUAGCUAAGAGUGAUUUAUGUAAACACACGCAGAAUUGCGAUUAUCCACACGAUUCUCAUUUCCCUUACGAUGGAGUUAUAAAGUGGACUGUAAAUUAUAUUAAAACUCAUAAUAAGUCCAUAGAUUGCUUGACUGACAGUGAACUAGAUAUCUUUAGACUCAGCAUUCAAUUUUUAUGUAAUUUGUUUACAUAUGCAUGUCCAAGUGUAAUGUCUGCAGACAAUGAUAUGGUGAGAUAUUUAAACUGUGAUAAUUUAAAGCAAGCUAUUCUGAAUAGCAUGCAAUCUGAUCACAAACUCCUUGUUAAUGCAGCAUGCAUAUAUGUACACAACGCACUAAAAGAAUUACAUUACGACUAUUUUGUAAAUAAUGAAAAAGAUCUAUAUUCGCUUUUAUUAAAAGCUAUUAAAGAAGGUUUUACGUCUGCAAAGGAUGCAUUGUUGCGCCUGUUACAUCUGUCAAAUGUAUUUGAAAAUAUAUAUAGUAACAUGGCCAUGAGUGAAAAGUUAGAUUUACUUGAAGUUAUUUACAAUGAACUCUGGGAGUCUUGGCAAUCUGAUCACAAUACAGUACUCACAGAUGAUCAGGCUGAGUUUCUAGCAUUAACGUUUUGUAAAAAUAGUGAUCUUAUUUUAAAAACUGUAGACACAUAUAUGGAUAGCGUAGAUCCUACAGAAAUUAUUUUGAUUCUUAAUAUUUUGGGGCUUCUUACUACGCGAUACAAGUUUUCAAAAAAUGCCAGGCCUUUGCUUAUUAAUUGCAAAUUUCUCUUGAUGUCUUUGCACAUGUUGGGAAAAGAAGGAGAUAAUUAUUUUACUCCAAUAACGAAUUUAAGUCAAGUGGUACCGGAUGCUCAAGAAGAAACAAUUGAUUUAAAUUCGGUAAUGCAUGACGCUGAACCAACGAUAGCAAAGUUCGAUCCACAAGAUCAUCCUGUAUAUGGUUUUAAGGCAGGAUUAAUACAAGUUAUUGCAAAUAUGGUACACAAGAACAAAAUGUGUCAAGAUCUCUUUCGUGAAAUAGAUGGAAUUCCAUUACUCUUGGAUUGUUGCAAUAUCGACGCGAGGAAUCCGCUUAUAUUGCAAUGGACCAUCUUCGCUUUGAGAAAUCUGUGUGAAGGAAACCCUGAGAAUCAAGAUAUUAUUCGAAAUUGUAAAAAGGAGGGAGUAGCAGAUAAUCUUGUGUUACAAACGAUGGGCUUAACAUUGCAUGAGGAUGCGGAUGGGAAUUCGAUUCGAAUCGCUCCUUUACAUCGUGAUUAGAAAAAUUUGAAUUAUUCCCCGCGAAAUUGCGACCGAUGAUCUAGAUAAUUAACUUAUUAAAUUAUAAUACUUAUUAAAUUAUUAUUCGCUACAUAACUGUAUCUGUAAGAUGCAAUGAUUAAUAAUUGUCAUUCCAAUUAAAUCGAUUGGAAAUGUA